CUGAUCGACUCAGCGCCACCAACCUCGACGCGGAAGCCAAUUCGAUGAAGAUGGCGAUAAGCGUUCUCCAAGUUGCUAAUCGGUCGCAUCGCCGCUUGAUGAAUUCGCCUCCACAAACAAACACCACCGAUGGAGCAGGGAGCCAAAAGAAAUCGAGUUCAUCCGCAAUGCCAAUCAUGGUGUCGAUUCUUGUAGUGGUCAUCGUCGGCGCUUUGAUCUACUGCAUAUAUUGCUGGAGGUGGAGAAGACGCAACGCUGUGAGAAGAGCUCAGAUCGAGAACCUAGGUCCCAUAUCAAGCUCAGACCUGUCCGUGAUCGAUCUUUCCACAAUAGAGGCAGCCACGGAUAACUUCUCCGAGGUCAAGAAACUCGGUGAAGGUGGAUUCGGCCCUGUAUACAGAGCGGUGCUCCGUGGAGGACAGGAAGUUGCUGUUAAGAGGCUGUCGACGAAAUCCAGGCAAGGUAAUGUGGAGUUCAAGAAUGAGGUGCAGCUGAUUGCGAAACUCCAGCACCGGAAUCUUGUGAGAUUGUUGGGUUGCUGCGUGGAGAGGGAUGAGAAGCUUCUCAUCUAUGAAUACCUUCCCAAUAGGAGUCUGGACGCCUUCCUAUUUGAUCCGAGCAGGAGGUCUCAGUUGGACUGGCGGAGGCGAUACGUCAUCGUUGUGGGAGUGGCGAGGGGGCUUCUCUACCUCCACGAGGACUCCAUGCUCAGGGUCAUUCACAGGGACCUGAAAGCCAGCAAUGUUUUGCUGGACAACAGGAUGAACCCCAAGAUAUCGGACUUCGGCAUGGCAAAGAUCUUCGAGGGAGAAGACCACGAAGUCAACACGGGCAAAGUCGUGGGAACCUAUGGCUAUGUGGCUCCGGAGUACGCGAUGCAAGGUACGUUCUCUGUGAAGUCCGACGUCUUCAGCUUUGGGGUUCUCCUGCUAGAGAUUCUGAGCGGGGAGAGGAACGGGGGAUCACACGUUCAGCGACAUGGCCAGACACUCCUCAGACAUGCAUGGGAGCUGUGGGACGAUGACAGAGCCUCGGAGUUCAUGGAUCCAUCGCUGGGAGACUGCUACCCUACGAACGAAGCAAGCCGCUGCUUCCACGUCGGGUUGCUGUGCGUGCAGGAGAACCCGGAAGACCGACCCACCAUCUCGUCGGUGCUGGUGAUGUUGAAGAGCGAACAGAUGCCGCUGCCGCCGCCGAAUGAGCCGCCAUCCUUCACGAGGCUGAGGACGACUCCCGACUCCCGCAAGUCCUCCGCUGCAAGAUCUGAUUCACCCACAAUGCAUUCUCUGAAUCAGGUGACCGUCACGUCCAUCGAUCCACGGUAGCACCCGAUCCAUCGAUUCACGUGGGCGAACAUUUUGGCCGCAACUUUUGAGCGUCAUCGAAUCAGUUUGCACGAGUAAACAACAUGUUCGAUUGCAUGUAAUAGAUAGAUUCGCUGCACUUCGCAUUGGAUCUUAAAAGUGAUCUUGACACUGCACUCCCUUCUCGGUCGGUGGUCGAGCUUAAGCAGAUUAAUUCCAGGAAGUAGCUUGAUAAUAACACACUGCAAAAAGCAAAAAAAAAAGAGCUUGAUUAUUUAGCAUUUUGAAUUAAAGCAUAGCAUCACAUCUAUCCUCUUCUUUGAA